GGGAUCGUCUCCGCUCUGCAGUGUGUGUGAGUCGACGCCAUUUCGUGUCAAGGUGCUGCUGAUCAGUAAGCGGAUAAUCCAUCUCCCCAAGUAAAACAAGCUUUCACUUGUUCUCAUUUUUAGUAUUAAGGUCCUGGUCCUCAAGACCCUCUUCUCUCCAACAGACAGAAAGACAGGCAGGCUGCCCUCCACCGAGCCAAUAAAGACAUAAUGGACUGGUCCUCGUCCUCCAGCUCCAUGGCGAGUAGCAAUGUGACCAACAAGACUGAUCCCCACUCCCUGAACUCCAGAGUUUUCAUCGGCAACCUCAACACCUUGCUCGUCACCAAGGCUGACGUGGAGGCCAUUUUCUCCAAGUACGGCAAGAUCGUUGGCUGCUCCAUCCACAAGGGUUACGCCUUUGUCCAGUUCUCCAACGAGAGGAAUGCCAGGGCCGCCGUGGCUGGAGAGGAUGGCCGGAUGAUUGUUGGGCAGGUUUUAGACAUCAAUCUAGCAGGUGAGCCGAAGCCUCGCCGAUCGAAGACACUGAAGCGAUCAGCAGCAGACAUGUACAGUUCAUCCUUUGAUUUGGAUUAUGAUUUUCAAAGAGAUUACUAUGACAGAAUGUACCCCUACCAGUCCCGGUUGCCCCCUCCUCCCCCACCCACUCUUUCACGUGCCGCGGUCUCCUCGAAGCAUCCCAAGGUCAGUCUGAACAGCGGGGGAAGCCGAAGGAGCAAGACCACCUUCUCGUCGACCUCUUCCAAAAGCAUCCAGAGGGUCUCCUGGACAAUGAGGACAGAUGAUUUGCAGACCAUCAAGACAGAGCUGAAGCAGAUCAAACACAAGGUGGACUACCUGCUGGACAGCUUAGAGCACAUGGAGAAGGACCACAGUAAGAAGUUGGUGAUGAAAAGUUCCAAGCCAGAGCCUGGUGAGGUGUCUCCACUCUCCUUGUCUACCUCCAGCAAGAAGGAGAGCAGCCUGAAGAGAACCAGAGAGAGCCAGCAGCUGAAUGACUCAGAAGAGGAUGGAGACCUGCUGGAGGAUGAGGACGAGGUGAAAAGCAGAGGGCGAGAUGGAGAUGAGGGUGAGCAGGCGGAAGUUGAGGAUGACGGCGAUAGCACCAAUGGAGAUGAGUCCUGAAUGGGUCACAGGCACACAGAGAAAACACAAAAGCUUGUGCAAAACAAGUUGUCUAUUUAGAGUCUCUCCACACCACAGUUAUGUGCUCAUUUCUGCUGAACAGACUAAAAUGUUUACACAGUGUUGUAGAGAUCACUCCCCACAGGUACACAAAUAAGUAAGGUUGGUGUUUUUAUUCCCUUUUUUAAAUUAAACAUUUGGCUCUUAAUGGCCCCUUGCUGCUAGUAGAGCGUAGUGUCAGAUUUCUUACAUUUGGAGAAAAUUUAAAUUGGGCAGAUGAUUAAUGUAAAUGAUUUCAUGUUUGAGAACUGAGCUGCGUUUGUUUUGCAGGAACUCUCAGAUGAGUUCUUGGUCACUGUGUUCUUGUUUCAUGUUGGAAAACAACAUCUAACAGCGUUAUGCUGUGCUGUGCACUAAGGACUAGAUUUAGAUUUACUGUUUUACUGUACAAUAAAGAGAGUUGUUUACUCAUUUACUCAGAAGUGUAAGUUCAGGAAGUUAUUUUUGUUUUACCUAAAACACUAAAUUCUGACAUUGAAGUUAUAAAAUGGGAUGUUUCUGGCACAAUUUGUUCGUUUUUUUUUUUUUUGCAUGUGUUGUUCUUUGUUUGUUCAUUGUUUAAAUAUUGAUUUUGAUUGGGUUGACUUGAACAAAAUCAGUGACCUUAGUUUAAUGUGAGCUUUGAUAUAAAACUGUGGCUUCCCUUUUCCUACAUCGUUCAAAAAAUACUGCUAAUCUUGCUGCAAUGCCGCAUCCCAACCAGCAGGUGGCUGCGUGCGCCAACGACAAGACAACAAUGACCUGUUUGUGUUCUGCUCCUUAGACAAUCUUCCCUUAUAUCUGUUUCUAAAAUAAAAACAUGAUCCUGCACAAAGGCCCCUUCCUCUCUAUACUAUUCUGUCAACGAUAACUGACCUCGAUGCGGCCAGCUCUGUUGGCUUCCAUGUUCACAUGUAUGUUUCUUCCUUGACUUCACAUGCCAAUAAAUAAUAAUAAGAAUAAUAA